AUGGGCAUGUUGGAACUAGUUGGUGAGUACUGGGAACAACUAAAGAUAACCGUUGUGCCUGUUGUGGCCGCGGCCGAAGAUGACGAUAACGAGCAGCAUGAAGAAAAGGCAGCAGAAGGAGAAGAAAAAGAAGAAGAAAAUGGGGAUGAAGAUGAGGAUGAAGACGAAGACGAAGAUGAUGAUGAUGAUGACGACGAAGAUGAGGAAGAAGAGGAAGAAGUCACUGAUCAGUUGGAAGAUUUGAGAGAACAUUUCAAGAACACGGAGGAGGGUAAGGCCCUUGUGCACCACUACGAGGAGUGUGCUGAGAGAGUCAAGAUACAGCAACAACAACCCGGCUACGCGGAUCUUGAACACAAGGAGGACUGUGUGGAGGAGUUUUUCCAUCUACAGCACUAUUUGGACACUGCCACGGCACCUAGAUUAUUUGACAAAUUAAAGUAG